AUGAGGACAGCCCUGUCGCAGUUCUCAUUUGCGCUCAUCAUCCUCAAGAUUUUCACCAGCGAGUUCUACGCUAUUGGAGCGCUGUUCGCCGCAUACGGGGUGGCGGUCCUGGUGGUGGCGAUCUUCAGACGAUAUGAAGGCAACAAGCAAUUUUUUGACCAGGAAGAGUCCGACUCCGAGAGCGAUGACGGCGACGUCGGGGAGCACGCACUCAGCCAAGACGGCGGCGUUGCUUCUCCCCGGCCCCGAAGGCGGGUCCAGAUGAUUAGGAAGAAGUUCCGCACCAGUGGCAAUAGCGUUUGGGAGCCUACAUCACGCUUUUAG